AUGCUUCGACGGCUUCACACGCGUAUCAUAGGGAUGGGCUCCGUCUGCGGCAUGGCACCGUCGCCACCGGCGGAGGUCUUUCUCAAGAGUCUUCCACCACCUGAAGAAGUGGACUACGCAAAGUACCUUCGGUUUGAACGGGAAGAGCGGGAACUCCGGCAGUCAACACGCAUGCGUCGUCGUCUGGUGGCACCCGAACCUUUUUACGAUAUUCACUGCGGUGCGGCCGGGCACAAGCAUGUCACGCUCAUGACUCGUGAGGGGAAUCUGAUCACGUUUGGUGACAACCGGUAUGGGCAAACAGCGGCCCCACGACAAGAACAACAAGAGCGACACCGACAAGAGGAAGAAGUGCAGGAUGUUCGCAAUAGAGCCCUGCGCAAGAAAAUGCAGGUUUCCGACCCGAGGUGGGCACCGUUGUAUAUUGACCUUAACGAGGCGUUCAAGUCGGGAAAGCAAUCCGUGUCCUGUGGGUCCAACUACACAAUAGUCUACCAGCCUGGCGGUCGACGGGUCAUUGCGUUCGGCAAUAACCACAUGGGACAACUGGGUGUUGGACACAAGGCGCAGAUUGAUCGUGAAAAGGGGUUUGCUGAGUGGAAUCCCACCAGUGCCUGGUGGGGUCAUAGCGGGGGCGUUAUUCGCAAUAUUGUAUGCGGUUUUAACCACACGGUGCUGCAGCUCACGUGCGGAUCGUUGUUUGCAUUUGGUAGCAACACAUGGGGGGAACUCGGCAUUGGCUCCACGGUAUCUCCGAUGGAACCGACACGCAUUCAAUACUUUGAAAAGAGGGGUAUAAAGAUUAUCAAAGUGGCAGCGGGGAAUAGUUUUUCUCUCUUUCUAAGCAACGAUGGGAGGGUGUACGGUUGCGGGGCUACAAAUUCCGGACAGCUGCCGUCAAAUGAAUUUGAGCCGGUUCCAGUGCCCCUCACACGAAGCUUUCAACAUGGCGCCCACCGUGGCGGGGCCAAACUGAUUCGAAUUAAGGACAUUGCUUGUGUGGGGUCAUUGGCCGUGUUCCUCAGUUCUAAGAAUGAGCUGUUGUUACAAGGCGCCUUGCCGGAUUAUGGUUUUCGAGUUUCGGCGCCGCGUUUUGAAACGGUAAACCAGCAGCAUGCCCUCGAUUACUUCCGUUCGAGGCUUUCCGACGCCUCAGAGGACGCGGUGGGCAAGGACGGUUUUCACAUUGAUCGGCUUUUUUCGGGCCCGUCAACGCUGCUGGUUAUUUAUCGAAACGGAUGCGUGGCAGGUCUCGGUGCCAAUACGGAGGGCCAACUGCAAAGUGUUCGAAAGACCUGGAAGGGAAGGGAAUUCAAUCUCGCCAAGGCUUUUGCCGCGGACGGUCUGCUCCCCGUCCUCUUGCCCGCAAAACCGCGAGCGGAAGAGGGAGGGACCGCGCCUUGGCUGACAUCCGGGUCCGGUUUCACACUUCUUUUUGACAACGACGAGGUUUACGGCGCAGGAGCGGAGGCGAAACCCAUCGAACUUCCGCCGUCGCCGGCCUCCAGGCGCGAAAAACAGGAGUCGUGCUAA